UCAGGAAUCAGUGACAUUCAAGGAUGUGGCUGUAAACUUCACCCAGGAGGAAUGGGAGCAAUUGAAUCCUGCUCAGAGGAACCUAUAUAAGGAUGUGAUGCUGGAGAACUAUCAAAACCUCAUCUCACUGGGUCGAGGGCUCUCACCUAAGAUAAGAGUGCACAUAUCUACUUUCUGGAAAGAUAAGCCUGAACCUCCUUCAGAAGUUACCACAACUCCUUCUGGGCUUUUCUAUUAUAUCCUUUUUGGAUAGGGAGGCAGCUUAGUAUAGGGGAAAGAAGAGUCAAGAGGCCCAAGUUCAAGUCUCACCCUGCUAAUCAUUAACCAUUUGAGCAUGAGCAAGUCCCUUCACCUCUCUUAUCUGAAGUUUCCCUUUCAAUUAUGGGGGAAAGAAUGAUCUCUUGAUUCUCUCCAGCUCUCAAAUUAUUUGAUUCACAGAAUCUCAGGGAUGGAAGCUACUCAGAAGCCACUUAAUUUAAACUGCACCCAAACUGAAGGUUCUCUACAGCAGCCACAUGAUGGGUCACUCAGCUUUUUCAUGAAGAUCUUUACUAAGGGAGACCCACUGCCUUCCAUGUUGUCUUCUUUCAGGAAGUUCUUCUAGGAAGGUUUUUCUUAUCUAGAGCCUAAAUUCUCUCCUUUGCAACUUCCAUCUAUUACUUCUAGUUCUCCCCAUGGGGCCAUGCCCUCUUCCAUGUGAAAGCCAUUCAAAUACUUGAAGCCAGCAAUCACACCAAUACUCUCCCUUCCCUACCUGAUGCUCAAAUUUUUUCUCUUUCAGGCAAAAAAUUCUGGUUUCCUUUCAUCAGCUAUAUGGUGUGAACUCAAGGCUAACCUACCAUUUUCCUAGUUGCCCUCUUCUGGGUGUUCUCCACUUUAUCAGUAUUUGCCUCAAAUUAAAGCUUUCAGAUGUGGCCUGACCAGGCCAAAAUCUAGCAAGAUUCCCACCUCUCUAGCCUCAGACUAGCUUUCAUGGUGGCCAGAUCACAUUGUUGAUUCAUACUGAGCUUGCAGUCUACUAAACCCUCCAUGUCUUUUUUUCAGAUGAAAAGCCAUGCCUCCUCCAUCUUAGACAUUGGAAGCCCUGUUUCACAAAGAUUUUCUGCUUCUCUUCUCUUACAGAACAAAAGUGUUAAUGUCAAAAACUCCAGAGGAAGGGAGACAGAUUGCUCAUGGAAGGGCUCCCUAUAUCUAAACCAGAUGUGAUUUUCAAAUUGGAACAGGGGAAAGAACCAUGGAUCCUUAAUCUACAGGAAGCCAGAGAAAGAGAGGUGCCAAGAAAUUUCUCUCCAGGCUGGGAAAGUAGGUCUGAAAUCCAACAGUCACCUCAACAUGAGAACAUUUCUGAAGAAUCAGAAUCACCAGGGACAUUAGUUCCUCUAAAUCCUACAUUUGGAGAAAUUCAUAUAUCUGAGGGUAGAUUGGAGAAACAUCAGAAAAACUCUGAACAGGAAAAAUGGAAGAAAUCCCUUUCCUUUGAGAAUACUUUCAAGCAAUUAUCAAUAAAUCUCACCGAAAGCCCUAGUAAAGAAACAGAUCUUGAAUGUAAAGAAUGUGGAAAAAAAUUCUUUGACCGCCCAUCCCUUACUCGACAUCUGAGGACUCAUAAGGGAGAGAAACGUUAUAAAUGUAACAAAUGUGGAAAGGCCUUCUCUAAACAUUCAUCUCUUACUGAACAUGAUAGACUUCAUACCGGAGAAAAGCCCUACGAGUGUGAUGAAUGUGGAAAGGCAUUUAGCCUGAAAAGUAACCUAACUCGACAUCAGCUAACACAUACUGGAGAAAAGCCCUAUGAAUGUGAUGAAUGUGGAAAGGCCUUCAGCCGGAGAAGUGGACUUAUGAGGCAUCACAUGACUCAUACAGGAGAAAGUCCCUAUAAAUGUUAUGAAUGUGGGAAAGCCUUUUUUAACCCUUCAUCUCUUACUGAACAUGAGAGAAUUCAUACUGGAGAAAAGCCCUAUGAAUGUGAUGAAUGUGGGAAAGCUUUCUCUAACCAGUCAUCCCUUACUGUACAUAAGAGAAUUCAUACUGGAGAAAAACCCUAUGAAUGUGAUGAAUGUGGGAAAGCUUUCUCUAUACAUUCAUCCCUUACUGUACAUCAGAGAAUUCACACUGGAGAAAAACCUUAUGAAUGUGAUGAGUGUGGGAAAGCCUUCUUUGACUGUUCAUCUCUUAUUAGGCAUCAACGAACUCAUACUGGAGAGAAACCCUAUUUGUGUAGUGUGUGUGGGAAAGUUUUCAGUAGCAAAUCAUCUGUCAUUCAACAUCAGCGACGUUAUGCCAGAGAAUAAUUUAGGAAUAUAAUAAUUUGAGGAAAAUUUCCAUCAGACCUGUUACUUUGUUGACUAAAAAAUCAAAGUGGGAAAAGAGGCCCCCCAUAGAAAUUGUAAAAUGGUUUUAUCUUAAACAGAUGGGUGGGAGAAUGAGAAAUGGGCACUUAUUAAAUGCCUACUUUGUAUCAGGCACUGUGCUAAGCACUUUAUCAAUCUCUUAUUUGAUCCUCACAACAACCCAGGGAAGUAGGUGCUGUUAUGAUUCCCAUUUUACAGUUGAGGAAACUAAGGCAGACAUUAAGUGACUUCUACAGGGUCUACACUGCUGAUAAAUACCUGAGACUGGAUCUGAACUCAGUCUUCCUGACACUGGGCCCAACACUAUCCACUGUGCCAGUUCACUAACAUUGCCCUACACAAUCCUACUGCUAUAAUUCAAUUUCUCUCUUUUCUAGUCAAACUCCUUUUUCUAUGCAUAUUAUGUUGUGAUUUUGACCCAAGGAACCCCAAAUACAAGAUAGUCUCUGAGACUUCCUCCUCAAGAAAACCCCUUGGUCUGCCAAACUCUCUUAUAAACCUGUAACCUAUAGUGAGCACAAAUACUCAAAAGAAGACCUUUAGGAAAAUGAAGGAAUGACCAGUCAAAAGAAAACAUUUCCUCAAUUUCCCCCUACAAAACAUCAAUUUUUUUUUAAAACUUCCAAAAUUAUUAGGACCAUCAGAAGCCCUGAAAACAGCAGUUUUCCAAAUAAAUCAGUAUGCUCUCCCAGCAUAUGGUACAAUAACUUUCUAGUAGAUAAAUAAUUUCAAGUGAAAUGGAAUCCUCAAAAUAAUCAGUUGGAGAAAAUUUUCAACUCCAAAAAAAUUCUGGGAGACAAAACAUAAAUUUGAUUUAAAAAAAAAUUAAAGAUGAAUCAAAGCAAAAAGCAAUCUAGAUUUUUUUUCAAAGAAAGGAAGCAAUGGGGGGGAUCUAAUUUCUGAUGAGUCUGACAUGAAAUGUGCAAGCGUCAUAGAUUUUGAGCAAGAAGAGACAUUAGAAUUACUUAGUCCAAUUCCCUUUUACAGAUUAGAAAACUCCGGUCCAGAGAGGAAAUAAUAAGUUGAGAGUAGAAAAGAAUAUAAAUAGUCAGCUUAAAAGUGAGGAAGAAAUAGCCACCUGAAAAAAUUCUUCAAAUGCUCAAGAAAAUUAGGUAAAUGAGAAUUAAAAUGAAAAUUACUUUGAAAUACAACCUUAAAACCAUUUUAUUGUCAGUAACUAAAAUCCAAUGAUGCAGGGGCUUUGAAGAGACAGACAAUUACACUGCUGUGAAUUGGUAUAAACCAUUUUUGAAAGUAUGUAUGCUAAAGAACUUCAAGCUCAUGCUGUAGGCGAUUUUGUUAAAGAAACCAGGGAUAUGAAACAUGGAGAAGAAAAGACUUAAUGGAACUGUGUAAUUACAAUUUGAACCCUAGAACUACAACUUCCAGCAUCCCAUAUUCCAUCUCAUGUUAUGUGCUAACAUAGAGAGGAUAUAAAUUUUGUGUAGCCCCGCCUUUCUCUCUUCCUGUGAAACCGUUUGGUGGAGGUAGUGUGAGGUGAACUGGCAGGAGAACUAACUCAUGUGGUCUUAUUUUUGUUAGAUAUCUAGGUUUUUAUACUUCUGUUUCCUUUUUAUUCCUUCUACUUCAAGUGGUUAUUAAUAAACUUUAUAAAAUUUCA